AUGGGUACUCCAUCCUCAUUGCCCACAAACCCUAACCCCAGCCCCAGUCCGCCACUCCCUCAGUCACCGCCACCACAAACGCCACCAUUACCACAAUCGCCACCACCUCAGUCACCGCCACUACCCCCAAGCCAAAUACCACCUCUCAUUCCGCCGACUCCCCUCUCGCCGCAAUCCGAGCCGCAAAAUGAAACACCAAUUCUCGACACCCAUUCCCCAGAACCUGCGCCUACUCAAGCAAAAACAAAAGGCAAAACAAAAAGGGCCGCAGGUAGACCCAAAGAAACCCCUAUCGGAAAAAGGAAACGAGUACCCUCUGUUCCUUUCGACCUAAACUCUCCACCUCAGCCGUCCUCUAAACCAGUUAGCAAAAGGACCAGGUCUUCCUCGCAAACCACAAAGACCAAUGGUCCAAACACCAAGACCUCGCCUCUCCUUACACUCUCUAGCACCUGCAUCAUCUGCAGAUAA